UCCGGUUGUCUCUUGGGGGGCGUGGCGGCGCUGGCAAGAUGGCUGCGCCCGAAGAGAUGAUGUUUCCGGGGAAACCGAGCCACAAAAAGUACAGGGCCGCCCUGAAGAAGGAGAAACGAAAGAAACGUCGGCAGGAACUCGCUCGAUUGAGAGACUCAGGACUAUCACAGGAGGAGGAGGAGGACACUUUUAAUGAAGAACAACAACUAGAAGAAGAGAAGCAGUUGGAGAUAGAGAGGCAAAAAUUACAUGAGGAGUGGUUGCUGCGGGAGCAGAAGGCGCAAGAAGAAUUCAGAAUAAAGAAGGAAAAGGAAGAGGCAGCUAGAAAACGACAGGAAGAGCAAGAGAGAAAGUUAAAGGAAGAAUGGGAAGAGCAGCAGAGAAAAGAGAGAGAAGAGGAGGAGCAGAAGCUACAGGAGAAGAGAGAGAGAGAGGAAGCUGUGCAGAAGAUGCUGCAGCAGGCUGAAAAUGAGCUGGAAAAUAGUACCACAUGGCAAAAUCCAGAACCACCCACAGACAUAAGAGUAAUGGAGAAAGAUCGAGCUAAUUGUCCGUUCUACAGUAAAACAGGAGCUUGCAGAUUUGGAGACAGGUGUUCACGUAAACACAAUUUCCCAGCAUCGAGUCCCACCCUUCUUAUUAAAAGCAUGUUUACAACGUUUGGAAUGGAGCAGUGCAGAAGGGAUGACUAUGACCCCGACGCCAGCCUGGAGUACAGCGAAGAGGAAACCUACCAGCAGUUCCUGGACUUCUAUGACGACGUGCUCCCUGAGUUCAAGAACGUGGGGAAAGUGAUCCAGUUCAAGGUCAGCUGCAACUUGGAACCUCAUCUGAGGGGCAAUGUGUAUGUUCAAUAUCAAUCGGAAGAAGAAUGCCAAACAGCCCUCUCUCUGUUUAAUGGACGGUGGUAUGCAGGACGCCAGCUUCAGUGCGAAUUCUGCCCGGUGACCCAAUGGAAGAUGGCAAUUUGUGGUUUAUUUGAAAUACAACAAUGUCCAAGAGGAAAACACUGCAACUUUCUCCAUGUGUUCAGAAAUCCCAACAAUGAAUUUUGGGAAGCCAACAGAGACAUCUACCUGUCUCCAGAUCGGACUGGCUCCUCCUUCAGUAAGAACUUGGAGAGGAGAGAGAGGAUGGGCCACCAUGACAAAUACUACAGCAGGCCGAGGAGGAGGAGAAGCCCUAGCCCGGCCCAUUCCUACAAAAGAAAUGGGGAAGCAGAGAGAAAAAGGAGAAGUAGUCACAGAGGGAAGAAAUCUCACAAACACACGUCAAAAAGUCGGGAAAGGCACAGUUCACGGAGUGGAGGAAGAAAAAGGGCCCGCAGCCGGGGCCGGGGCAGCCGAAGCCAGAGCCGCCGGAGCCGGAGCUCCUCGAGGUCCAGGAGUCAUGGUGGGAGGAGGUCAGGUAGCAGAGACAGAACUAUUCAUAGUCCCAAAUCCAAAUAAAGCUAUUUUGUUCUUAAA